CAGUCUAUCCUGCCUUUUUUAGAAGUUGUGAUCGUUAUUUAAUUUUGUUUUUAAGUUACUAAAUAGAAGACUUACUUCCGACUUGAAAAUGAAUAACACCACUAACAUUUAUAGCUGCACUUUUUGUGCCCAGAGAAGUAAAGCCGAUCCGACGAAACUAAAAUAUGAAAGUACUGAUAUUUCCAAAGGACAAAGGGUUAUAAUUGCAGAGAUGGUCAAGAUUUUUUGCAUAGAUAUUUUUCAAUUAUUUUUAGACGACAACUGGUCUAUAUGCGAUAAAUGUUUAACACAACUUAAAAGUUGUUUCGAAUUUGUGCAACAAAUAAAAGAAUCGGUAAUAUUGUUGAGAAAGACUAUUGAGGCAGAAGAAAAAUUUCAACACAGCACCACGACGAUAAUCCCCAAUGAAAUUACUGGCAAGAAACUAAAAACCAACAAACGUGAAAGGGCAAACGCGAGACCCAUUUUACCAAAAAUUUCAAACGCAACAGAAGCAACUCCAAAAAUUUGCAAAGCUGAAAAUAACACUCCUCGGGUGUAUAGAUGCUUGGAAUGUGAGCAAACUUUUAGUUCAUAUAAACACCUAAAAGCUCAUGAAAAGGAUUGCUGUAAUGAAACGAAAAUAUCAGGCGUUGCUAUUUGCAAAUUUUGUCAUUUAUGCUUUAAAUAUGACAAGACACUUGCAAAUCAUCAAAGUCUGCUGCACAACAAACUGCAAUUCUCCUGUUGCAUAUGUAAGGGUAAAUUUUUCGCUUCCAAAGGAUAUCUUACAAGACACAUACAUGAUGUACACAGCCAUACGCACCUUCAUUACUUCUGUGGAGAAUGUGAAGAAAUAACUUCAAUGUCCACCGCUGAACGUAUUAAAUCCCAUUUUGAUGAAUUUCAUUCAUCGAAGGCUGACAGUGCCAUACAACAUGAGGACCACGAAACACUGAAUGAAGAUGACAUGGAUUUAGAAAUGCAUGAGGAAUUUUUGGAUGAGUUUCUACUGGCUCAUACUAAUGAGAAUUCAUUCCAAUUUUCUGAAUGUUGGGAGGCUUUAGAUCUACAUCUACCCGAAAUGCUUCAUGACAAUCCUACAGACAAACAAAACAAUGGAAAACAUACUGAUGCAUUUUUUUGCCCCAAAUGUUUUGAGAGAUUUCACAAAAUGCCUAUACUGCUUCGGCAUUUGAUAGAAACCCACAAACUAUCUUUAUUAUUAUGCCAAUCAUGUAAAAAAACAUUUUCCACCAUUAGAGAUUACCAGCUGCAUAAAAGGACAAAGUGCAUUGAAAACACCGAGGCCGCAUUUAUACAUUGUCCAUACUGCACUAAGGAAUUCAACUCGACUUUCAACCUUAAACAGCAUAUUCGCAGUAUUCACACACAGUUUAAGAAACACAUUUGUCAAUUGUGCGAUAAACAGUUUGCAACAUUGGACCAUUUGAAAAAACAUGUCCUUAGUUUACAUCAAAAUGAACGUAAACAUGAGUGUCACCUCUGCUCAAAGCGUUUCACACAACUGUGUCACUUAAAACAGCAUUUGGCUAUUCACACGACAGGAAAAUCGAUUCAAUGUACACAAUGUUCAGAGAAAUUUUGGCGGAAUAUUGAUUUGAGGCGUCAUCAACAAAAACGCCAUAAUUUUCGUGAAGAAAUCUCAGCAUUAAAGAAAGGAACUGAGUUGGAGUCCAGCUGAUAUUUUUCACAAAAACCAUUCGGAUUUCACAAAAAAUAAACAUUUUAUUGUUAAUGUUAUCAAGUGGCUGAAUUUUUGAUUUGAGUUACUUGACGAGACAUUUAUUAACUGAGGCCUCGUUUUAAAUACCUUCAAUUUCCCACCCGAAAUUCUUCAUGGUAAUCUUACAAAGUCCCAAAACCAUAAAAAACGCACGCAUGAAUUUUUUAUAUCCAAAUACCUAUUUUGGAGGGUUUCACAAAAUGUAGACUUAGUUUUGUCAUUCGAUUAAAAACACUUUCCAAUUGUUUGAUAAACUGUUUUCGAAAGUAGACUAUGUGCAGAAUUAUGACCUCAGCCUACGUCAAAAUUAUUGCUAUGUUCGAUGUUGACGCAUUUUUUUACAUGACUGGAAAAUUGUUUCAAAAAAUUGGUCAAAAUAUAGAUAUGAGAAACCAAAAUCAAAAACACUACAAAAACUCUAAACCUCUCAAAUGGCUGUAUUUUCCGCUUGGAAUCACCUGACUAUGACUACUCAUGGUGAUACAAAAUGAAACACAUAUUAAAUAAAUUAUUUUAUUAUUAUCGUU